AUGGCAGCAGCUCAGAAGCUUUAUCCACGAGGAACAGUUAAGCGUAUUGUCAAAGCCCACUCCAAUCGGAGUGUGAGCAAGAACGCUGACAUCUUGGUACGCGGUCGCUCCGAUAUGAAGCCUGUCUCCAUUUCCGAAUUAAUGCGCGAGGCAUCGAUCCGAUCGCGUAAGUCUGGCGAGAAGAACAUCUCGGCUAACACGGUGCGCAAAGUCACUGAGGUGCGUUACUUUGUGUUGAUCUAG